AUGCAGCGUCAAAACGCUGUGGUAAAUUGGGAUCAGACCAAGAUCACUGAUCAGACCAUCCCGCAACUUGGACCCCUCGGAUUGAGCUUCCUCAACCUUCCUGGCCUUGAUUGCAGAGAGUUCACACAGUUAGAAUCUGGCGGCCGGAAUAACAUUCUAAGACGUACCCUUGAUGUUGUAAUUCCGAAAAAGCAUUCAAAAGCAAUAUCAGUUUCAGUCGAGGUCAGUCAUUUGUUCGAUCAAGUAAAGCACAACAAGUCUCAAGAUGAUUCAAGAUUUGUUGUAUCAAUCACGUCGCCGUGUAUUGCAAACAAAACAGAGGAGGGGAAAGGCUUGAUCCGGAAUUCAGACGCGCAUCGCCUCAUCAAAGUUCAAACCUGUGGGUCAGGCUCGACAUGCCUCUCGUCUAAACAACUUCCCCCUUCUUUGCUUUCAAUGCCACCAUCCGAUGUAGCGAGAUUACCCGAUCUUCCGGACGAGCUCCUCGCUGAAAUCGUUAACCAGCUUGACGAUGAGUCCCUUAUCCAGCUUAGCAUGACGUGCAGGAAAUUCCACUUCCUGGCACUACCUGUCGUCUUCACUCGAGCCAAGCUUGUCAGUACUGAGUGCCUUUAUCUGCGGCAAUCGCCAGCACAUCUCCUGCGUGCGCUUCGGAUUGCGCUGUUCGUUGAUCAUGCCACAUCUUUCAUCAUUGGCCUGAAUCACGACAGGGAUAGACUUCUUCCAGAAGUACAGAGCUUCAAAAGGCUCGUCUCCCUCAUGCCGAGCACGUUAAUGUUCACCUUCUUCAUGCCGUUAACCUUCGCAUUCAACAAAGAUGGUGUAUUCGAUCGAUGGACGAGGGAGCUUCCCAUCGUUAAAAAUAUCAGCGGUCGACUAAGGAAUCUACCAAAAUCUGCCAAGCGCACCAUUCUCUCUACUAUUCCUCAGAACUCAACAGGUCAGGGCAGUAGCCCCCACUCCAGUGUCUUGCAACGUUUCCAUGCGCUUUCCCCAAUGCUUUUGCAACCCGAGUUCCUCGAUUGGACCACAUCCACACUCCAAACCAACUCUCAGACCCUUCUCGAAGUUUCUUUUGAGACCGACCACAUAUCCGCGAGCACUCAAGUUCUUGCCCGACAUCCUUCCAUUGUCGGCUUGGAUCUCUAUGUCCUUGUCCCAAGGAAUAACCAUCGUCCUCGGCCUGGGAAUCUGCUUCCAGCUUUGGAAACACUGAUAUCCCCUCCCGAGUUGAUCGUUUGGCUCCUGGAUUGUAAAUACCCUUGCAAACAACUCAAAUCAUUGAACAUAGAGUCGGAUAUCCACCAUGGGCUAGCAGCUGACUAUGACAUCUUCGACGAAGUCCUGGUCUUACUUCCUCACUGCACUCCCUCGCUCACGACUCUGAACCUGUCCUUUUGGGGUCCUCGUCCAAUACAGUGGCUCGAUAAACUUACAUCGCGAGGCCAUGAUGGCUCUCCGAGCGGUCCACUUGCAGCUCUCAAGGGGAUAACCACCCUCAAGCUAGAACUUUGUCGAUCUUGGGAGAAAGAGGUGGUGGAUGUGAUACCUCAUUUCGUGGUGCAGUUUCCGGGACUGCAGCAUGUCAUUUACCCUGAACCCCCUUCAAACCUCGCCAUCGAGCCAGCGAAGAGGAAGUUUCUCAAAGAGAUUGCGCUGAUGUGUCCGGGAAUGAAGACGGUUUCCAUCGGGUAUAGUUUUAAGAUUCAUAUGACAGAUAUAAACUACAUUGCCUCCUCCACAACUCCCGCUUGGUUCACCAACAAGCCUCCUGACAACAUAAUAGUAAUGGCCAGAUGGAUGUCGUUACGUGCCGUCCUAGGGUUACUCAAUGUUGUCCGAUGCAUUCUUCGCCAUCGCCAUUCUUCACAACGCCAAUAUCUCUUUUUCUUGCAAUCAUCGACCUCAGUGCGAGGGUGGGAAUUGUGCGAUAUAUAA